AUGUCUAGUCAGCGUCUUGUCCUAGGCCUCCCACGUGUCUUGCCGUCGCUGCCGCCUUCGCCUGCGCCGCCGUGUCGUCCCUGCGUCGAGGGUAGGCUGCGCGCCACCCCUCACUCCUCCUCCCUUCGUCCGGCCACCGAGCCUUUUGAGACGCUUCACUUGGACGUCUGGGGCCCAGCCCCUCGUCUAGGCCCUGAGCGUGAGCGUUACUUUCUGGUGGUCGUUGACGACUUCUCCCGCUACACCACAGUGUUCCCUCUGGCGAAGAAGUCUGAGGUGACUUCUACGCUGAUCAGGUGGUUGCUCACCACCGAGGACACUCGUGGUCGUCGUGUCAGCUGUCUCCACUCCGACCGUGGGGGUGAGUUUCGCUCCGGCAUUCUCGCUGGAUUCUGUCGCGAGCAGGGCAUUCGUCAGUCCUGGACGCUUCCAGAGUCCCCACAGCAGAAUGGGGUUGCUGAGCGCCGCAUAGGCCUGGUCAUGGAGAUCGCCCGCACCUCCCUGACUCACGCCUGUGCCCCCCAUUUUCUGUGGCCCUACGCGGUCAGGUACGCCGCGCACCAGCUGAACCUCUGGCCACGUGUCUCUCGACCAGAGGUUUCACCGACCAGUCUUUGGACAGGGUUCCCUGGUGUUGCGUCGCGGUUUCGUGUCUGGGGGUGCUUGGCUCUUGUCCGCGACACCUCCGCGGACAAGCUCUCGCCUCGUGCCGUCCCCUGUGUCUUCCUUGGUUUCCCUGAGGACUCCUCUGACUUCACCUUUUACCACCCUCCCUCUCACCGGUUCUUUGACUCCCGUGACGUCCGUUUCGAGGAGUCCACUCCGUACUACGUCAGGUACCCCAGUCGAGGUCUCCCGGUUCCUCCUCCCCCCCUCUUCCUGACUGCCGUUCCCCCUCCUGCUCCCCCGGUACAGCCUCCCCCCCCUGGUCCAGCCCCGUCAGGUGUGUCCCAGGCUACCCCUCCUCCUUCGGUAGCCCCUCCGGUACAGCCUCCCUCCCCACAGUCCUCCUCGCAGCGUGCCGCUGGUGCUAGCUCUCGAGAGGUUGGUGCGACGCCUGUUCCUGUACCGGUUUCUGGUUCUGGGGGUGCUGGAGUUAGAGCUGGAGUUGGAGCUGGAGUUGGAGCUGGAGUUGGCACUGGAGUUUCUGGUUCUGGGGGUGCUGGAGUUGGAGCUGGGGUUGGAGCUGGAGUUUCUGGUUCUGGAGUUGGAGCUGACCAGGUGGGUGCAGAGGACGCUUGUCGUCCGGGAGCUGGUGCUGGCCGCGCGGACACUGGGGGUGCUGCGUCUGGGGGUGAGGGUGCGCCUCCUUUGGGUUCAGAGAGGAGAGGGAGUUACAGCGGCUGGAGGGAGCAGCAGCAGCAGCUGGGACCCGCAGGAGCAGCAGUCCCAGCAGCAGCCGCGUCCGCAGCAGCAGCAGUCGCAGCCGCCAGCAGCAGCAGCCACUUCCUCCUCCUGUCUCGGGUCUUCGGAUCCUUGGUCUCCCCUCCCCUUCUCCUCCCCUCCUCCGCCUCUCCUCCUGUCUACGGUCCCACGUUUCCUCCUCCUGACUCCUCCCCCGCUGUUUUCCCCAGUUCUCCGCCCUUGUCCUCUUCUCCUCCGUCUCGUUCUUGGGCUACUCGUCGCUCCCCUCGUGCUCGUCCCUCGUCUCCUGUUCCCUUCACUGACCUUCGUACUGCCUUCCUUCUUUCUAGUCCACCUCGUCCGUCUCAGUCUGUGCUUCCGUCUCCUCCUGAGUCGGCCCUCACUGUGUCGCUCCCUACUCCUGUCACUGACUACUACCGCACGUACCGUCCUGUUCUCUCUCGUGUUCUCGCCUCUCUUGUUACUCACCCUCGUGCCUCUGUGUCCUCUGUGUCCGCUCUUACUGCCGCAGUUACUGACUUUGCCUCUACCCGCCGCCUUGACUACGCCACCACGCUUGUGGCUGCUCCUCCUACCAGUCCUCUGGCCGUCGGGGGUGUGUCUGCCCUUGGCCGUGACGCCCUAGAGGACAGGCAGUUUGAGCUAGAGUUCCUGGCGGCCGCUUCCCCUCAUCUCUGUGCCAUGCUCCUCGCCCCUGAGGGUGACCCCGACGCCCUUGACAUUCCGACUCCUCGCACUUACGCUGAGGCAGUGUCAGGGCCUUGGGCCUCUCAGUGGAGAGCUGCCAUGGACGCAGAGAUGGCCUCCUACAGAUCCACAGGCACCUACGUCGAUGAGGUUCCCCCCCGGGGGCGAACGUAG